CAUUAAAUUUGUCCAACCCGUAAUUUGUGUUUUUCAUAUUAAAAAUCGCACAGUGCAGAUUCUGUGGGCUACUCUGUCCGCUGUUGCUGCUUGAUUGUCAUAGAACCACCAAACAGUUGGUGUUACCACUGAAUCUAUAAUGUCUAAAGUUUCGUGAAACACACAAGCACGGAAGAAUCGAGAGCAAUAUUUCACAGCGCUGAAUAGGUAGACAGCGAAAUGUAAAAGUGUUACGUUGUCUGCUCUAGAUAUUAUGCACAAUGGACCAUCGGGAAUCAGCAGAAGGCGAUGCAGAGGCACGCGGGGCCAACCGACCUACGUUAUUUAAUUUAUUGGAAGUCCUUGCCAGUGAUGCAUACACAACACCUCAGCAAAGACACAGUAUCAGAGGAGUUGUCACAGAAUUUCUCAAUAAUAAGUUCGAACAUUCCAAGGUGUACUCAUACAUUGGAGCCAUAGUGGGACAUGAUGUACUUUAUUCCGUCAUUAAACAACUUGAAUCAGAUCCUGAUCGUGUCCCCUUACCCGAUCAAAAUGGAUUGAUGCGUAUUGAGUCGGCAUUUAACCUUAGCCGUAUGUACAAUGCUGCACACAAUGAUACAAAUAUGGGAAUGACACAGAAUGGACCAGUUCCUGCAGUACAAACGAUGCAUCCACCCGCUCCCCAACCUGCUCACUUCGCAGGAGGCUCUAAAGAGGAUAUCUUGCGCACGAUACGACGGAAUCUCGGUACUCGGAAAGGUAUUGGAGUUCCCGGUACUGCGAAGGACAAUCUAGCAGCUUCCAGGGCAGCGUCUGCUGGACUAUUGCUGCAAAAGGCAUGCUGGAUGCCGAUUAGACGAUCAAUCAGUGCUGGAGCUUUGUACGGUCACUCGCUUAUAUGUAUCGGCAGUCGUGCAUAUCUUAUUGGAGGCAGUAAUGGCAAUCCGCAUGGAGUUAAUUUUGCUAAGGCUCAUGUGGUAAGCCUUGUGAAUUUCAGUUCGAAACAGAUGAACUUCUCCGGAGAGGUGCCUCCGCCACGUGAAGGUAAUUCAGCUAAUGUCGCCGUCAUACGUCAAACGCAUUCUAUUAUCAUAUUCGGUGGUUUUAACGGUGAGCGUUUUUUCAAUGAUAUACACAUAUUGGACUUGGAAAAACGCAAAUGGUUUAACCGUCGUCAUGCUACUGGGCGUGUUCCUCUGCCAAGAGAUGAACAUUGUGCUGUAGUGUAUCCGGCCCGUUGUGAAGCCAGCCAAAAACCGAAAGGAGGAGCAGAGUUUCUUUUCAUAUUUGGUGGUAAAACGGGGGUUAGAUCACAAUUGGAAUCACUUAACGAUAUGUGGGCAUACCACAUUGAAUCCGCUACGUGGGCACAGGUAGAAUACCCAGCUGAGGGUAAACAGCCAUUGCCACGUUUCGGAUUGUGUGCACUGUGGGCAGAUGAUGAUACCUUAUGCGUUUUUGGUGGAGAAACAAAUGGACCGCAGGGUUUCGUCGAUAGAUCUGAACGUACACUGCUUGAUGACCUAUGGAUGUUUAAAUUUUCCAGUCCUACCACCGGAACCUGGUAUCAGGAAAUAUAUGAAGGUAACAUAGGUCCAAGAUCGCACUAUAGUUCAAUAUUCAUCGCUCAGCGGUGUAAGGAACUUCACACGGGUGUUCCCAGGACUAUCGAACGAUUAAUGCUAUUGACAGGAGGUCUAACCUAUGCACCUGGUAGUCGCAGGACAGUUGUGGCUUCGGAUAAGCUGUACUUCUAUUUCUUUUCCCAGCGCAGAUGGUAUAUACUGAAACCCAACUACCCACGAAACUAUCUUGGUGAUACGUUCGAACCGAGGCAACUCCAUGUCGCAUGUUUCUUCGAGAAGAGGAAUAUCCUAUUCCCGGGAAGCAAACCUUCGGUGCCUUGUAUCUUUUUCCAUGGUGGUUUCCACAGGAAACAAGUACUGAAUGACGCGUGGGUUCUUAGUCUGACUGGUGAAGAUCUUUUCCUCACUAACUCUAUCAUUUCUCCAACGGAUUCUAAUAAUCUCAAGGGUAUGCACACCAAGCAUAACGUUUUCCCACCGUGGUUCUACCGUGAAAGCCAUUCCCCCGAUUUGUUUUGGGCACUAUGUACAAUGCAGAGGUGGGCGUUUGGAGCCAUAUCACAGCUUGUGUCUAAUUGUCUGAAGGAAUCGACGAGCAGCACAAAGAUAUCAAUCAAGUGGGAGGCUUCGCCACAGGGUGAUAGGCCGAUGCUGUGUAUACAGGACGAUGGUAAUGGGUUGGAUUAUACGUCUAUGAACAAAAUGCUUAAGCUCUUCGGUCAAUCCAAAUUGGGUGAAAGAGGGCCUGCAUAUGAAUAUGGCGUCGGAUUUAAAAUGGCAUUCGCUCGAACUGCCUUCGGUUGUGCUGUUAUGUCUCGUACUAUCGAUAGCAUAGGUAUUGGUAUGUUAAGCAUGGAGCUCAUGUCACAAUGUGAGUCUCGCGAGAUGUCUGUACCAUUGUGUAUGUGGAGGCUACCAAGUAAGGAAUUAAUCAAUAAGGAGGGAUCGCGCAUGGUUGAUCAGAGACACCAUCAGCGACUGCUUAUGACAUACAGUCCUUUCAACAGCGCUACCCUUUUGGCAGAACAGAUCAACAAGCUCGGCACUGCUCCAGGUACAAGGAUAAUGUUCUGGCAGUUGAGGGAUGAUAUGGACAAUAUAUGGUACUCUCGUAAAGAUCACACACUUUUCUUGAAGAAUAGUACGUUUGAUGAGCUCGAUACUGUUGAUUUGACUGAUUUGGUAGCUCCAGCCGAAAGACCUGAGUGGCUAAAUGCGUUCCCUCUUUGGAAAUCAUCUACUUACUCAAUGGAUUAUUGUCUACCUGUAUAUCUAUACUGGUUGCAUCUCAGGACAUCUUGUGCCAUAACGGUUCAAGAUUAUGACUUGGUUCCUUACGAUAUGCCAGUAAAGGUUGAACAGCAAAAGACUGAAAAUGAAACGCCAGAUAUAACAAUGGUGGAUGCUACAAAUCCGGAAACUAUAGAGCAGCAGGAGAAUGUGAAGGCAGAAGAAGAAACAAAAGAAACGACUACGCCUAGUAUCACGACCCAGGGGGACGUAUACAAUUGUAAUCGUACAGGUUGUAGCUAUUGCAGCGUAGCACCAGUUGAUCGUGGCCUUAUGGAAGACCGCAGUUUAUGGUCCUUCCUCAACCGUAGGCUGUAUUGCAAGGUUCAGCUGCCAUUCCUAUUCAAUCCUGCGGAUCACAAACAUGGUUGUUAUGCUAUGAUCGGGUUCUUAAACCGCCCAUCGUUUUGUACUGAUGAAAAUAAUACAGAGGUGACAGGUGAUAAGAAUGACGAACGCGUAUGUGAAACUGGUAUCCUUCUCUACUUCAAAGAAAGAUUAAUAACUAGGUUGGAGGGGCCUUUCCCGGCACCUCAUACUGAAAUAGAAAGUGCCCAUCAACCUCCCAAAGAUUCGUUGUUUAAGGGGGAAUUAUAUAGAUUCGCGUUGACUGCUGUCGUUAAUGUUCCCGAUUGGCUCAUACCUUCCGCAAGCAAACAAGAAUUUGUCCAAGAAAACAACACUGCAUAUGUCGAGUUUAAAGCUAAAUUGAUGGCACUGUUGUCAGAAUACAGCAAAGUCUGUUAUAACGAUGCAGCUAGGAAGGAGUGGGAAGCACAAAAGAUGCACCAGCUUGUUGAACAUGAUCGGCUUCAGGAAGAACUGCGAAUUGAACGUACAACGAGCGAUUCACAUGAAGAAACGAUACCGACUUGGCGUAAUGAUGCGGAGCGCGAUGUUGCUGCUGGCGAAAUGUCCGACAGUUCAGCUACUCAUGGGCAAGGCGGAUCUCCACCAGUGGAGUAAGUACAUACAUGGUUGGUGUUAACUGGUAUUUAUGGCUUCUCCCAACGUCAUUUCAACUUGAAGUGUUGUUGUGGAGGGCUAAAAUCCUCCUUAAAGUGUUCUCUUAAAUAAGCAUUAUUUAAAUGGGAAGUAUAGGGCGGCACUACAAAUAACAUAACCGUCUAUGUCUAAUACUGUCUAUAAAUAGAU